AGUCGCAACUAUCGGCUCACAAGCGAAACACUGUCGGCAAACCGCUCACACCUGCCGACAUACGGAGAGCGAAGUUCCUCCGGAACCAGUUGGCACUUCUGCAUCGAAGCUAUGGAUCGCUGUCGAAAGAAUCUCUCCCGAAACCCUUGCGUGUGCAGGGGUUCGAAUUUCCUCUGGUCAACGAGGAGGACGUUGAGCUGCUGGAGACGGCGGUUAGAGAAAAUAGGAUGAUUCGUGGGCAAUUUAUCCGUUAUCUAACAGCGAAGAAGUCACCGAAAAUGGAUCUGGUGGAGAGUUUUUGUGUGUUCUUUGCCGACACUGCCAUGGUCAACUACAAUUGGAACGGAUUUUCGAACCACCGGUUUCCGAAGAAAGCUAUGCGCAGCUACAGUAUUUUCACCGAGUGUAUGUUGGAGGCUUGGUGCGACCAAGGCAUAACUCCAGAAGUGCUGCAGGUUAAGCUGAAACGGACAGUGGAGAAAAUCAACAACCGUCGAAAUGUGCAGCUCUCAAAGCUGCGCCGUAAGACUAAGCUAACGUCCACCGCCGGAUCGAACGAAAUAGUGCUGCUAUUGAAAAAUUAAUAAAAUAUUACCUGC